UUUUUCUUGAAGCACAGGGUGUUUUAAAAAAAAAACAGGGAUCCAUCAGUAGGGCUCAUAUAUCACAUUAAAAUGUAUGUAAACUCAAAUAAACGGCCGUGCAGUGCUAUCUGGUGGGCAAAAUGCCUUGAUGUAAAUCACUGCUGGGAGUGGGACCCAAGCAAGCAGCUCAAAGGCGGUGAGAAGGGCUCAGUGUAAACAUGUGCGAAAAAGUGCUGGGUGGAAACCGGGCUGGCAGAAUGUGAAUAGAAGCGGAGAGUCGGCGUUUUCACUUCUCCUCUCUCGCCUUUCUUUGUGAUGUCACCGCUGCUGGAUGCUCUGUAAUUGCCCCGGUGGGGCUGAUGGCGUCAUUCCGUGCCCCUGUGUAGCUUCCCGUGCUUUGCUGGGAGAAGGGGAUCAGGAGCUGAGGCCGACGCGAGCGCCUCCUGCGGCCGAGAUCGAGCAGCGCCAAGCCGGACACGCCGGACACCUCGACUCGGGGAGCAUGGAGGCCGUGGCGGAGGAGCUGCGGGCCGGCUCCCGGAUUCCGGUGACCAUCGAACAAAUAGUCAACGACACGCUGGUGGUCACGCUCACGUACCGGGAGAGGAACUACACGGGCAUUUUGCUCGAAUGCAGCAAAAAGACUGGUUUGUUCUGCCUGCCAGAUGUCGUAGGAAAGACAGAAGAACCUUUCACAUCCAAACAGGAGUGUGAAGUUCUGAACGAGGAGCCAUGCUCCAAACCUCCUAUUCAGCCAGCACAGCGACCAAAGGAUGAGAACACAGAGCCUGAAAAGACUCCAUGUGCCCCCAUCCCAGUCCCGGUGCUGCCAGGCCAGACUACCUACCCCCCGUACUUUGAGGGUGCACCUUUCCCUCAGCCUAUGUGGGUGCGUCACACAUACAACCAAUGGGUGCCCCAGCCUCCACCCAGGCCGAUCAAAAGAAAGAAGAGGCGGUCUCGGGAGCCGGGGCGAAUGACCAUGAGUACCAUCAGACUGCGACCGAGGCAGGUCCUUUGUGAGAAGUGUAAGAACACAGUAACCAGCGAUGAAGACAGUAAAGACGGGUCCACAGUGGCAAAGACGUCCAGGAAGGAGAACGCACCACAGGGGGAAGAACAUACCAAGGAAGCCCAUCUCAAAGGGCAAAGGAAGGAAGAUGGUGACACUACAAAGGAAUCCAAGAGGCGGGAAGAUGCACCAGGCUAUGAGAGCAAGAGGUUCAGAAAAGAGAGGAAAGAGGAUGAUAAGUUCACAUGUAGUGACAUAGUACCACACAGUCCUGUAAUAAAGAUAUCCUACAGCACUCCACAAGGGAAAGGGGAAGUUAUGAAAAUCCCAUCCAGAGUGCACGGUUCAGUAAAACCCUUCUGCCCCAAGCAGCUGAUGCAGAAUGGGGAGCACGACAGCAGUCGUGAGCCCAAGAAAGAGCUGCGAUCCCCAAUGAACUCCAUUAGAACUGGCCUCACAGUGUCCAUUCCCAAGCUCAAACUCCCAAAGCUGUCUGAUCAGGACAUCCCCUCACCGAAGAUCCGGUUAAGGUCCCGUGGAGAUGGGGAGGAGCGUGUAUCUGUGUAUGAGGCAGAAUUAGUGGCGGAUCCUCGACGAAAGAGUCCCCGGGUCCCUGCACCAGACCUGCCAAAAGACUCUGGGGAGGAAAAGAACCCGCUGGAGCUUUGGUCAGGUAGUUCGGGAGAGGAGGGUGAGCGACAUGGUGAUCUUACUCUGCUCAUCAACUUCCGCAAGCGGAAGGCCGACUCAUCCAGCCUGUCCGUAUGCAGCAGUGACAGCCUAGAUGAAUCCAAGUCCUUUAGCUCGGACGGCACCUCUCCUGAGCUGUGUGACUUAGCACCUGGUGACGUCUCGUCAUCCUCAUCAACACGCGAGAGCCAAGGCAAGACGGUCCCGCCACUGACCGUGCGUCUGCACACGCGCAGCAUGAGCAAAUGCCUAACGGAGGAAGGACAUGCAGUGACCGUGGGAGAUGUUGUGUGGGGGAAGAUCCAUGGUUUCCCUUGGUGGCCGGCACGUGUCCUCAGCAUCAACGGAAGCCGGAGGGAUGAGGGCGAAAUGGACGCUCCCUGGCCUGAGGCCAAGGUGUCCUGGUUUGGCUCACCAACCACCUCACAAUUGUCUGUGGCCAAGCUCUCGCCCUUUCGUGAAUUCUUUAGGCUACGCUUUAACCGCAGGAAGAAGGGAAUGUAUCGCCGUGCCAUCAUCGAGGCGGCCAAAGCUGUGGGCCACAUGAGCACUGAGAUCGCUUCCCUGCUCUCACACUGCGAGACAUAGGAGAGGAGGUGAAAGGCUGAAGCCUAGCUGGGAUUCAGGAGCCCGCGCUCCCCUCCUGUGAUUCCCUCCAGGGAUGGAGAGCACUUGCGGUUGCCACGGAUAUUAUGAGGGAAGGUGCAUUUUUUUUUUUUUUUUUUCCUUUUUUUUUUCCUCCUCUCUCUCUUCUCACCCACCUGGAAGGAGAAAAUGGCCUCCCAGCGAAGCAGGCAGGAGCACCUGGGGAAACUCCACCUGUCUUUUCAUCUUACUUUUUUUCCCCCUUGGACUUUUGUUUUAGAGAAACACGUAGCUUGACACUAAAUCCGAAUGUAUUUAUUGCCAGCGAAGCACAGGCACACCUCGCUACAGUCUCGUACGAUCCCACUGCUGCUGUUUUCUUUGAGUGAAGGGUUCCUGCCUGUCAGCGGAGUGACUAGCUAAUAAAUUCUCCUUGGAGACCAUCAACAAGCCUGCACUAGUGGAAUUCUCUUCGUCCACUCGAGCAGGAAACGGACAAAGUGCAAACUGAUGGACGCUUGUGUGAUACUACAUGACAUACAUGUCUUACUCUAAGGUCUCUUUCCUAAUUUUUUCUUAUUUCUUCAAAAGCUGAAAAUGUGAAACACAAUUUUUUUUCUAUCCUCUGCAUCUAGAGAUCGCUGUGUAGGUCUUAAACAUGCAGUAUGCCAUCAUUCUGAGUUAUGUUCUCAACUGAGGGAUGGGUUUCUUCAGAUGGUCACUGUUCCCUUGAAGAAAUGUAACUACUCCAUUUUUUGUUUUGUUUUUAUUUUCCACUUUUAUUAUUAUUAUUAUUGUUGUUGUUAUUAUUAUUAUUAUGAUUAAUAUUAUAUUGUUUUGAUGCUCUUGAUCUGAGGGCCCUUUGGAACUGUCAUGGGUUAUUUGAGAUCCACAGAGUUUCAUAUGUACUUGCUUUAACUAUUUAAUGUGUCAUGUAAAGAAAAGCACUUUAUCUGUACCUUCGGUGGCCUGCUGGACACUCGUAGAUCGAACACUAAUUUAGAGUUUUUGCGGCUCUGGACAGCGGGUGACCUCUCUGCAGCCCUCUGACUCUGACCACCACACCCGGCGCCUUGAAAGUGACUUCUUUUCUAUUAUGUUGGACAUGGACGAGAAAAUGAGCCGCUUUCAGGAACUAGUUGUGUACACUGUAUUAUUAUUAAUAUUAUUAUUAUUAUUAUUAUUAUUAUUGUUGCAUCUAGUCAGGUUUGUCUCCUACAUUCAUUCUCCUGUCCGUAGUCAUCACCUCCACCUCCACCACCUUCCUCCUAAAAAAGGUUCCCCUGGAGAAAUGGACAGAAGUGUAAACUCCUAUGCAUCAUUUCUUUAUUAAAGCUUUAAAAAAACGAGAAAAACAAACAACAGGAAAAAAGUAGCGCUGCCGUGCUAAAGGUUACUAUGAAUUUAACACCAGUGUCCUCAUUUCAAACACUGAGCAGAAAGCAGAAUUGAAAGAGCUGCACUACUGUGUGGUAUUGAUGCAGGUUUUUUUUUUUUAACUGUGAUCAGAAGAGAAAGAGUCAUUCUAGUCAGCAAUUGACCUUUAGGGCCUUGAGAAUUUCAAGAGGCACUUCUAUAGUGUGAGGAAAGGAGGUGGGGGAAGGGAAGCCAAACCCAAGCAGAGGUGUAUUUUAAGCUCACUGCAAAGUGCAAAGCCUCUUGCCACUGCCUUUCAGUGGUACCUUUACUUCCUGUUCAUGGAUUACAUGGAUUUGUUUUUUUCCAUCUCUUUCCCAAAUGGUUUUGAUGGAGGACAGACCACAGGGCUGAGAUGAAGCAUUGUGGAUGUGUGUGUGUCUGUGUGUGUGUAUGUAUGUGCGUGUAUGAAUGUGUGUGUGUCUGUGUGUCUGUGUGUAUGUGUGCGCCAGUACAACAACUCAUGGUCGCUGUCCUCUGAUCAGUGGUCUUUUUUACAUGGUGUACAUAAAAAUAAAAUAUACAAGCAAUAA